AUGGCUCGCACUAAGCAGACCGCUCGUAAGUCCACUGGUGGCAAGGCCCCUCGUAAGCAGCUUGCUUCCAAGGCCGCCCGCAAGAGCGCCCCCUCCACUGGAGGUGUCAAGAAGCCUCACCGCUACAAGCCCGGUACCGUCGCUCUCCGUGAGAUCCGUCGCUACCAGAAGUCGACUGAGCUUCUGAUCCGCAAGCUCCCCUUCCAGCGUCUGGUUCGUGAGAUUGCUCAGGACUUCAAGUCCGACCUCCGCUUCCAGUCCUCUGCCAUCGGCGCUCUCCAGGAGUCCGUUGAGUCGUACCUUGUCUCUCUCUUCGAGGACACCAACCUCUGCGCUAUCCACGCCAAGCGUGUCACCAUCCAGUCCAAGGACAUCCAGCUUGCCCGUCGCCUGCGCGGUGAGCGCAACUAA